AUGUCUUACGGUCAAUAUCAAAACAACAACCCAUACCAAGAUGGUUCCCUAGCUGAGCAAGGCUACCAGGAGCACGAGCUACAGAACUAUCCAGAACAGCAACAAGUCUCAGACACCCUCCCACAGCAGGAUUUCCUCAACCGGAUUCAAUUCCUUCGCAAUGAGAUCCGUACCCUUGCGAGCAAUGUUCAAACAAUUGCGUCCCUGCACCAGCGCGCGCUGGCUGAAGGCGACGGCGGUGCAGCAUCGCAACAACUUGAACGCAUUGUCGCCGACACGCAGGCCUUGAACGUCGGUAUUCGAGAUCAACUAAAAUUCUUAGCUAGCGAUGCAAACAAAUCUCCGCCUAACAGCACCACGCGCGAUAUGAAGGAGCGGCAGGUUGCCACCAUCAAAGCUGAGUUUGAGCGCGAAUUAAGCAGUUACCAGAAGGAAGAGAGCGUUUACAGCCAACGGUACCGCGAACAGAUUGCCCGUCAGUACCGCAUUGUCAAUCCCGAUGCUACCGAGGAAGAAGUUCGCAAUGCGGCUGAUGCCGAUUGGGGCAACGAAGGUGUCUUCCAGACAGCGCUCCGCACCAACCGCGCCGGCCAAGCGUCGUCAGUUCUUGGCGCAGUGCGCGCACGCCACAAUGAGCUCCAGCGCAUCGAACGGACCCUUAUCGAACUUGCGAAUAUGUUCCAAGAUCUUGCCAUAUUAGUGGAGCAGCAGGAUAAUGCAGUGACCGAAGCAGUUAACAAUGCCGAGAACACGACCAAAUACAUCGAUGAAGGCAAUACCCACGUGAAAAAAGGAAUCGUCCACGCCCGAAACCGCAGAAAGCUAAAGUGGUGGUGCCUCGUCGUCGUAAUCAUCAUUAUCGCCAUCGCCCUUGGUGUCGGUCUAGGCGUGGCUGCUAACGCCGGACUACUCGGCGGUAAUAACAACAACAAUAAUAAUAAUAACAGCGGCACCUAA